AUGAGAGUUUUUAAUAUUACUGUUGUUAUUGUUAGUAGUAGUAGUAAUAUUCGUAAUAAUAGUAGUAGUUGUAAUAUUUCAAUAAUAUUAUCAAUACCACAAUUAACUAGAACAAAAUAUAUUGAAUAUGCAGAUAAUCAAUAUGGAUUAUUUAUAUUUUAUAAUGAAAUCAAAGUUUUAAUUGUUAAAGAUUAUAUCCAGCAAGAAGAAAAUUCAUUACUUCAACUUGUAAUUCAACAAAUUCAAGAAUUAUCAUCAAAAUGUGACACUAUUGGUAAACCAUUUAAUGAUCAUUGUCAAAAGGUUUAUUCUUUUCUUGGUUAUCAUCCAUUUAUAAAGAAUGACAAAACUUGGCACCGAGUAGAUAUUCAAAUUUUAAUCUAUUGGUUUUAUUUGUAUACUUUUCAAGACUCUAAAGUUAACAUUGACAAGAAAUUCUUGAAAGAUUUUCUAAACCAAGAGAUAUUAUUACAAUUUGCUCAAGAAUCUGUUGUGGUAUGGUUCAAUUCAAUAUUGCCAACUACAAUCAAAAGAUUAAAUGGCGAAAUACAAGCAACAAGAGUUUUAUAUAUAACAUAUGAUGGUCAGAGAAUAGUAGAUGGAUCUGAAUCUUUACAUGUCCAUCGUGGUGGUUUUGUUAUUGGUAUUACAUUCAAUGGACAAGCUUUAAAAUCAGAACAAAUCUUUUAUUUUAAUUUAUGCAAAUCUAAAAGAUUUAGAAUUGUCGAUAUUUCACAUAUCUAUUAUAAUGUUAAAAGUAAAAGUUUUAUCAUUCCUCAAUUUGGAAAAGUAGAUUUAAAAAAUCAUUCAAAACAAAUUGCUGAUGCUAUAUCUGAUUAUUCAAAAAUUUUCAAAUGCAACAUUGAUCAAUAUUAUCAAUUUGAAGAAAUCAUUUUGGAUGACCAACAAGAUAACAAUUCUGUUGAUCCAAUAUUAUCAAGACCAGCAAAACAAUUUAUUUGUUGGUCAAGAGAAAGUACAGAUCGUCAAGUUGAACUUUGUGAAGGUUUAUUAUCUCAAUAUGUUGUCAAUUUAAACUUGAAUUUAAUUUUCAACAAUCAUAUCAAUUAA